AUGGAAGGGUUGGAUGAGGUUAGGAGGCUUAGGGAGGAACUUUGGUUGGCGAGGGAAGCUAAGAAGGAAGUGGAAGUGGAGAAUGAGAGGUUAAAGACUAAGUGUGAGAAGCAUAAGAGGGAGUUGGAAGAGUUGAGAAGAAUGAUGAGUGCGGAAGAGGGAAUGAAAGAGGAAGUGAAAGAGGCCAAACAGCGGAUGGUUGAGAAGAUGGAUGAGAAGUGGGGAUUGAUGAUGAAUGUUGUGCAAGAGAUGAUGAAGGGACUUAUUGGAGAGGGAGCUGUCGGAGGUACGCUUCCUGGGUCUUGUGACAAACCAGGAGUGAUUAAUAAAGUGAAAGAACAAGUGGAUGAAAAUGUGAGGGAGGAAAGUGAUAUGGUUGUGGUAAAUGUGGAGAAGAAAGAGAAGGUACAGAAUAGGGAUAGAUCAGAGCAGAAGGGUAAGAAGGGAGUUGAGAGUAAAGAAAGGGCUAAAGGUAAGAAGAUUAGUAAGGAUGGUGGGCAAGAUAAGAAGAGAAUGAAUGAAGAUGAGAAUAGAGUUGAGAGUAAGAUACAGGAUGAGAAUGAUUUAGAUGAUGGUACAUGGGAAUUCGUAGGUAGGAAGAAGAAGGAUUAG